AUGACAUGUUUCCGCUUAGUUGCAAUCGACGGUAUCCAAAGUUUAGCAACUGACAAGAUGAACACCUUGAAAACCAUCCUGUGCUUUCUACUCGUUGCCGCUGCCUUACCAUGGACUUCAGGCCAGUUUCCUAGAGUUUGUACCACCCUUGAGAACUUGAAAAACAAGACAUGUUGCCCAAUCCCGAAACAUUUUGCUGAGCCAUGUGGUAGCGAUGGGAACCGAGGAACGUGCGAGGAAUUGAUUAUCCGUGAUUGGAAUUACAGCUACAGCUAUUUUGAACAGUUCCAGAACAACGACGAACGUCACAACUGGCCACACGCUCUUUAUAACAGAACCUGCAAAUGCAACGGCAACUUUGGUGGUUACGAUUGCGGCAAAUGCGAGUUCGGUUACCGUGGCAUCCACUGUACGAAAAAGAAAACCUUGACACGGAGAAAUUUUCUAAAGUUGUCCGCACAGGAGAAAGAUCGUUACAUGCGAUAUAUUAAUGAGUCCAAAUACUUUUUAAGCGACUAUGUAGUUUCUGCCAAAUUUUAUGAGGACAUCAACAAAGACGUCGAAGCAGGCAAAGAUCCGAGCGGGCUAUUUUUCAACGUCAGUAACUAUGACCUAUUCACGUGGAUGCAUUACUACUCGGCACGUGACACUAUUCACCUGCAAGUCGCGAAGACCAAUAUCGACUUUGCACAUGACGGGCAGGGAUUUCCUACUUGGCACCGACUGUACUUGCUCGCAUGGGAGAGAACAUUGCAGGCGAGUGUAUUUAGAGUUAGCUCGGUAAAGUUUUGACAUAUAUACGUACGGAACUUCAGACGGUUCAAGCAAUUCUCUGCAUGUAUCGCGAUAUUGAAUUUGCUAUUGUUUUUGCAGCUGCCAUUGCUAGUCGCUAUCAGACUUUUCCGUAUAAUGACAUUAUUUCUUUUCGCGCCAAAACUUAUCAAAUGUCGGCUGAAAAAAUUGUCAACUUAAUCGGCUUGUAUUUGCAAAUCACGCGGUCAGAAAUAGAAAUAAGCGAUAUAUCUAGUUUGCUUGGUCACAUAGCUUUAUUUCAAGAGGUAAAUUGUUUAGUAUGCACUUACCGAUCACUUUAUUCGCUUUAAAACGUGCGGAAGAGUCGUUUUCGAAGGCCGAUUUUAGGGGCUGUCGUUUUCGAAGGCCAAUUUUAGGGGCUGCCCGAGCUAACUCGCUUCCCCGAGAUGAAUUUCACCACGCGUUUACAUGAAACUUUUGGGGCGGGUUGACUUGUGAAAACAAAUACAAAUUUUCGCAGGAAGUCAAUUUCGAUUUUGGGCAUGCGCACAAAGACAUUAUUUUACUUAAAAGCCGAGCCAGCUCGGGUAAAUGCGUUUAUAUGGAAAACUACCCAGCCCGUUUACCCGACGUCUCGGGUCACACGAAGCGGGGGACUUCAGUAAGGCGGGCCAGCUCGGUUCUCAUGCAGGGUGUAUAAAUUUAGUUUAAGCCCUUUAAAUAUUCAUUUUUCUCUAAAAAAUUAGCCUUUCGCAUGCUUAAUUAAUGCCUUUACCUAUUUUGCAUAUUGCUGACAUAUGCAAAUUAGGAAAUAGCUAUACUUUUAAGAAAAAAUGUAAGUUUGCGUGAAUAGUUAAAGGGCUUAAACUAAAACAAAUUGUCUGAAAUUUUGUACAGUAAUUAAAAACCCAAGAAAUGUUCCAUCUAUUAACUUAAAAUAUAAUUAAAGCUUUUACAUUUCGUGCGCAAGCCAUUUUUAGUUUGUUGGAAAAGACCCCCCCCCCCCUGGUUCACAAAAUUUGAGUUCGAGAAUUUUUUUAUUAUUCUACAUUAUAAGUACCCAAAGAAGCUAUAUACAUCGAAAACUUGAUAUUAAUAGCUGUUUUGCGAAAUUAAGAGCAAUUUCAAAUCUGUUCAGUUUUUUUUUUAUACACCCUGUAUAAACGCAAGAUGAAAUUUAGUAGGAAAUAUUAAGAAAGACGGGAUCUCGCCUAAAGCGAGCUAGCUUGUGUGUACUCGGAACCAAUUUUCUUGCAAACUAUUGAAUUAAUUUCGCUCAAAGUUGCUCUGAAACUUGUUCGUAAACGCUACUAAAAAUAAAGGGUUUAAACUAGUCGUUCGUGUGCAAGGUGUAGCAGAGAAAUUUAAUAAUAUAACGUCUCAUGAAAACGACAUUGUUCGCCCGCCAUUUGGAAUAAAAUGAUAAACAAACCCAGCGGCAAUGUCAUGUUUUCAAGCACAAUAUUUAUGUAUGCCUAUUCCGUAGGAAAUUGCGAACGAUGAAGAUUUUGCUCUUCCAUACUGGGACUGGACUGAAAAUCCCACCCAAUGUAACUCCAUAAUCUGCUCUGAGGAUCUCCUCGGCGUUACCGACCAAUCUAAUGGUGAAGUCAAAGGGAAAUACUUGGACAAAUGGCGGGUAAUUUGCACCAAAGAACUGACGAAUGGCCUCACGAAGCUUUGUAAUCCUAACGUCAACAUAAGUGGACUGAAAAGGAACACUGAAAAGGAGAAGGAGAAUGAGGUAAAGAAUGGCCGCAACAUGACGUUCCCAACGAACGACGAUGUCAGCUUUGCACUUCGAUUUGGAUCUUAUGACGUCCCACCUUACAGCAAAGAGUCCAGUUGCAAUUUCAGAAAUAUCCUGGAGGGUUAUACUAGUGUCAAAACAGGUUAUCGUUUGCCGAAAGAAAAUAACUUGCAUAACCGGGUGCAUAUAGGUAGCUUCUCAUAUUUGAUAACAUUUUAUUUGAAUUUGUAGUGAUAGCGUUUUAGAUUUUUUUGCGCUUUAUAUUUAAAUGAAUAAAUUAUUAUUAUUUAUUAUAGUCAUUGGUGGAAUCAUGGGAGAUGUCCCUCCGGCUUCGAACGACCCGAUCUUUCCUCUUCAUCAUUCAUUCGUGGAUCGUAUUUACGAAAAGUGGCUUCGAAAGUUUGGAAAAGAUGCUUCGGUUCUUUCCAAAUUCAAUGCGCCCAUGGGUCACAAUAAAAAUGACGUCAUUGUACCUAUGUUUCCGGUGUACACUCAUCAGGAAAUGUUCAGAAAAUCUCUUGAUUUCGGCUAUGAAUAUGAAGAUGUUGACGAAAAAGGUAAGUGUGAAUAAUAAUAGAUCACACCAUCGUUAAAGGGAUUUUGCACGUAGCCUUGAGCAGUAAAUUCUGAAGAUAAGGUACGCUUAGGAUAUCCAGUUCGUGACAUCCCACAUCUCCUCAAAAGGUCCACACAAAUUACUCAUAUGCAGUCUACAGUUGAUAAAGGGCCAGGUAUUAUUCUUUAGAAGGAGUCGUGCGGGGAUUCCACCGGAAAUCGAUUUAUAUGUUAAUCUUUUAACCAUGUUUCAUAUUUAGUUCAUGUAAAUGUAAUUACAAGUCAGACGUAUUGGUUAGAAGCAAAUCAGAUUCAAUUACAACCAUAAUAUCAACAAUAACAAUAUUAGUGACAAGUUUUGUGAGAAGAUUUGUAGAAACGACUUAUUCCACUCAAUAGUUUUAUUUAUCACGCCCUUCUCUACCCAAUCUUUUGUUGUUUAGGAAAUUCUCCUGAAGACGAGAGAGGUCAUGAUUCUUCACUGGGAGAUUGUCCAGUGCCUUGUCCUCCAGUGACUUCUGGCGUACCUGGCAUGUGGUUGAGAUGGUUGCUAAUGUUAGUUAUACCACUAUGGCAGCUACUUUUCGCUUAUUGA